AAAAUAUUGUAAGACUGAAAAAUGAAAAAAGGUCGCACCAUGCAUAGGUUUCUUUUUAUUUACUUCAAGCACUUCAAACAUGGCCACAUCAAGGCUUGAAACUGUCCAGACGGGACUGGGAAUGCAAGUCAAGCGUCUGAUCCAAGACGUUCCCACCCGCUGGAACAGCACCUUCUAUAUGACUGCAAGCCUGCUGGAGCAAAAGAGUGCCAUCUCCCUCUAUGCUGCAGACCAUCAGCUCCCAGCAACACUGACAGCGAGUGACUGGACCUUACUGGAGAAAGUCAACACUCUUCUGGCUCCAUUUGAAGAGAUCACAAAGCAGAUCAGCUUCGCCACCUCCACCACCUCAGAGGUCAUCCCCUCAGUCGUCGUCCUGAAGCGUCUCUUGGCCAAACAGACCACAGAGGACAGCGGGAUAAAAACAAUGAAGGCGACACUGCUAGCAGCUAUGGGCACAAGAUACCAGAUCGUUGAGGCAGAGCCCUUGUACUCUGUUGCAACCAUAUUAGAUCCACGUUUCAAAGACAGAUACUUCACAAGUGCAGACAACAGCAAGCUUGCAAGAAGUGCACUGGCCCAAGAGGUGGAGAAAAAUGAGUCAUCAUCACUGCAGACAACCACCACUGAGGCAGCAGACCCAGCCACUAAGACCCCACGGAUGACAGCAGAGCCCAACACAAGCAGCUGCUUUACAGGGCUGUAUGAGGAAUUCCUGCAAGAACAUGCUGCUGAACAAGGUGGGACCAGCAGCACAGCUACACAGGUCCAGAUAGAGACAUAUUUGGCUGAGAAAACGAUCCACCGCACUGAGAGCCCAUUCGAGUACUGGGGAAAGAAUAAAGAACGGUUCCCCUCCCUGGCUGCUACAGCUGCAAAGUUUCUCUCCGCUCCCUCCACCAGCCUAGAUAGUGAGAGGCUUUUCAGCACAGCUUCUAACAUACUUGAUGAGAAGAGGAAUAGGCUGUCCGGAGAUCAUGUAGAAACACUGAUCUUCCGUAAGAAAAACCUGCCUAUGUACCUGAACUUGAACCCCAAAAACUUGAAUUAUCAAGAGGAAUGAGUGAACACUAAUAGGGCUACCGUUAGUUCAGGCCAGUGCCAUGGUAGCAGCGCUUGCUGCUUAUUUGUUUCAGAUGUUCAAGUCUAAUCACCUCUCC